AGCCUAAUCGUAAACCCUGUGCGAAUGUGCAACAACGUGACGAUUACAAUGCGAGUGCAUAGUUUAAAAAAAAAAAAGAACUGAUAGUGUUCAGUGCGCGCCAGAAGCGAACGACUGUUCGGCCGAGCGUAAUCUCUUGAAAUAGUAAAAACACUCUCGUUAAAAAAUCCGCUCGGCCGACCCCCGUGACCGCGGCAGGUACACGUGCACCGGCGCAACGGACGAGUUUUCGCCGCCCGACCAUGAAAUAUCUGCUGCUCGCGUUAUCGUUCGUCGCCGUCCGGUGCGAACCGCCCCAAGACGAUCGGCUGAUCGGUUUGCAUACGUGGCGGCCCGACGACGGGUCGUAUUACGAUUACUUUUGGCCGUUGCUCGCGAAGAUCCACUCGAAGUACUUCGGCCACGCCACGGACGACACCGGUGCGACGGCGGCGGACGGACGGAGUCUGGCGGUCGCGGAAAACGCGAUUCCGACGCCGCUGGCAGGCCUGGAUCCGCUAGAGGACGGUACGGCGACAUUGAUAGGACUGAAGUCACGGGAGACCCAACAACAGAUGUUUGGUUACGACCCGUUAUACGUGGUUCCGUCGGUAUUGGAUCGGUUGCCGGCACCGUCUCCACCCAAGAAAAAGAAUAGCGAUCCGAACGGAAAGAUAUACAAAGGAAGGAUCACGAGGAUGUCGUCGUUAGCCGACCGAUCGACGUCCGUGUAACCAAAAGAGUUUUAUUCCAUCGCGUGUCGGCCGAUUUUGUAAUAUGUAAUUAUAACAAAAUCAAAAUAAUCAAUAAUGAGUGCGCAUUCCGCGUGGGCACAUAUAUUUUUUUCUUAUUUGUUUUGAAAAACCUUUUUGUUGUAUUAAACGCUACGAUAUAACAAUAAUUGCUGUCUGCGAUAAGUUACGAACCGCUUAUAUGAUUAUUUCAAUAAUUUAUAAUUACCUCACAUCGAGAAACGAAAUAAACCAACGGUUUUCCGUUUUCACUUUA